CAAUUUCGAGCUGUCAGUCACGUACACUAAAUUUGUAAACAAAUGGAAAACAUCACAAUUGCGUAUUUACAGUCGAAAGUUAAAAAACAAGAAAAUUGUAAAAUUAUAAUAUGGAUGUAAAUCAUCGUCUUAUAGAGGCUGUGCGUCAGUGUCCUUUGCUUUACAAAAAUAAUGCGUCCUUAUCGGAUCGUAGAUGUGGUUGGCAACAAAUCGCUCAACAAAUGAAAAUGCAAGAGGCCCUUUUGAAGACGCGUUGGCAUUUUUUACGUGAACAUUACAAGCGUAAUGCCAUAGCAGAGAAUCAGUUAGACACUAAUCAGUUUCCGUACAAAAAAGAAAUGGAAUUUUUAUUGCCAUAUUUGCGUCCACCACCCAGGGAAGACGAACAAGGUGAAGCAGAAUUUAUGCCAGACGGCAUGAUAAAGCCUGAAUUCGUAAUUACAGAAAAGGAUUUGGAGAACGAUAGUGGCAAUGAGGAGUACGUAUUUCUAGAAGUAGAGGCGCUCGGUCCUGAAUACGAAACGGCCAAUGUGGUAACUCGGCGAAUAAGUGAAAAUGAGCUUAAAAAGGAACUACAACAAGAGCAUGAACAACAACAAGAGGAAUAUGAAACCGAAGAACUUACACAUAUUGAAAUGGAAGUACAUGUGAAGGAGGAAGAUGUAGAAAAUAAAGAGACAUACAACGUACAACAAGCCGACAAAGAAACCAGUAAGGAAGCAACGGAAGCUACCUGCAACAGGAAUGGCACCAAGGAAGACGAAGCUGUGCGCAGUCAAAUACAAGAGGCUUCCGAGGAAAAACGUGAGGCUAAAGUAGAUGUUCGGGAGGACGAUAGCAGCAGUGACAAUCGCUGUGAAGAUGCUAUUUUCGGUGAAUUGGUUUCUGCAAUGCUAAAGAAAAUGCCUGCAGAAAAGAAACGUAACGUUAAGCGUGACAUUAUGAAUUUGCUCCUAACAUAAAUUGAAAACUUAAUACAAUUUAAUUUUAAGAAAUUUAAAAAACAACAA